AUGGCUGCUGCUAAGGGAACAGCCAUUGGCAUCGACCUGGGCACCACCUACUCCUGCGUGGGGGUGUUCCAGCACGGCAAAGUAGAGAUCAUCGCCAACGACCAGGGCAACCGCACCACCCCCAGCUACGUGGCCUUCACGGACACCGAGCGGCUCAUUGGCGACGCGGCCAAGAACCAGGUAGCCAUGAAUCCCCAGAACACUGUCUUUGAUGCCAAACGGCUGAUCGGCAGGAAAUUUAACGAUCCUGUAGUGCAAUCAGAUAUGAAACUUUGGCCUUUCCAAGUAAUCAAUGAAGGAGGCAAGCCCAAGGUAACGGUGUCCUACAAAGGGGAGAAAAAAGCUUUCUACCCUGAGGAAAUCUCUUCUAUGGUACUGACUAAGAUGAAGGAGACUGCUGAGGCUUUUUUGGGCCACAGUGUCACCAGUGCUGUGAUCACCGUGCCAGCGUACUUCAAUGACUCUCAACGCCAGGCCACCAAGGAUGCAGGCGUGAUUGCAGGUCUCAAUGUGCUAAGAAUUAUCAAUGAACCCACAGCUGCUGCCAUUGCCUAUGGCUUAGAUAAAGCAGGGCAGGGAGAGCGACAUGUCCUGAUCUUUGAUCUGGGUGGAGGCACAUUUGAUGUGUCCAUCCUGACCAUAGAUGAUGGGAUUUUUGAGGUAAAGGCCACAGCUGGGGACACCCACCUGGGUGGAGAGGAUUUUGACAACAGGCUUGUGAGCCACUUUGUGGAAGAAUUCAAGAGGAAACAUAAGAAGGACAUCAGCCAGAACAAGCGGGCCGUGAGGCGGCUGCGCACCGCCUGUGAGAGGGCCAAGAGGACCCUGUCGUCCAGCACCCAGGCCAACUUGGAAAUUGAUUCACUUUAUGAAGGCUUUGACUUCUACACAUCCAUCACCAGAGCCCGGUUUGAAGAGUUGUGUGCAGACCUGUUUAGGGGCACACUGGAGCCUGUGGAGAAGGCUCUUCGGGAUGCCAAGAUGGAUAAGGCUAAAAUCCAUGACAUUGUUUUAGUAGGGGGCUCCACCCGCAUCCCUAAGGUUCAGAGGCUAUUGCAGGACUACUUUAAUGGUCGUGAUCUCAACAAGAGCAUCAACCCCGAUGAGGCAGUUGCCUAUGGGGCUGCAGUACAGGCAGCCAUUUUGAUGGGGGAUAAGUCUGAAAAGGUACAGGACCUGCUUUUGUUGGACGUGGCUCCCCUGUCCUUAGGGUUGGAGACAGCCGGGGGUGUCAUGACUGUCCUGAUCAAGCGCAACUCCACCAUCCCCACCAAGCAGACGCAGAUCUUCACCACCUACUCAGAUAACCAGCCUGGGGUAUUGAUCCAGGUGUACGAGGGCGAGAGGGCCAUGACGCGGGACAACAACCUGCUGGGGCGCUUUGAUCUGAGUGGAAUCCCUCCUGCACCCAGGGGAGUUCCCCAGAUCGAGGUAACCUUUGACAUCGAUGCUAACGGUAUUCUCAAUGUAACAGCCAUGGACAAGAGCACAGGCAAGGCUAACAAGAUCACCAUCACCAAUGACAAGGGCCGGCUGAGCAAGGAGGAGAUCGAGCGCAUGGUUCUGGAUGCUGAGAAAUAUAAAGCUGAGGACGAGGUCCAGAGAGAGAAAAUUGCUGCAAAAAAUGCCUUAGAAUCCUAUGCUUUUAACAUGAAGAGUGCUGUGAGUGAUGAAGAUCUACAGGGCAAGAUUAAUGAGUCUGAUAAGAAGAAAAUACUGAGUAAAUGCAGUGAGGUCCUUUCAUGGCUGGAGGCCAAUCAACUGGCUGAGAAAGAUGAGUUUGAUCAUAAGAGAAAGGAAUUGGAGCAGGUGUAACAUACAUAGAAAAGUGUACAAAUCAUCACGGGUUUUCACAAGCUCCCCAGCAGUUUGCAGUAGGAAG